CACAAAAGAUGGCUCCUCCCAUGGCCCUCUGCAGCGUAUCCUGGGUGCUGCUCUCCUGCCUGAUGCUCCUAUCUCAGGUCCAAGGUGAAGACUCCCCGCAGGACGCGCUCGCUUCAGGGAUCAACUGUCCCAAAGGCUCCAAAGCCUAUGGCUCCUACUGCUAUGCCUUUUUUCUGACAGCAAAAUCUUGGAUGGAUGCAGAUAUGGCCUGCCAGAAGCGGCCCUCGGGACACCUUGUGUCCAUCCUCAGUGCAGUUGAAGCAUCCUUCGUGGCCUCACUGGUCAAGAACUCUGCCCACUCCUACUCAUAUGUCUGGAUUGGGCUCAAUGACCCCACACAGGGCUAUCAGCCUGAUGCAGGUGGAUGGGAGUGGAGUAGUACUGAUCUUACGCAUUACCGUGCUUGGGAGAAAAUUCCCCCCACCACCCCAAACCCUGGCUACUGCGGGAGCGUGUCACGAAGCACAGGAUAUCUGAAAUGGAAAGAUUAUAACUGUGAUUCGUACUUGCCCUAUGUCUGCAAGUUCAGGGCCUAGGAGAGCUGAGAGUCAGCUCCCUGAGUCUGGUAUGCAGCUCAUCAUGGACUUGGGACCAGUGUGAAGACCCACCCAGGACAGGAGUAUUUUCUCCACUCAGCCAACCUCACCACCUCAUUCUGAACUUCCCUCCUCCUCAGCCUCAUGUCAGGCUUUUUUGCAUGUUCCAUGGCCUAAGGUUUCAGAGAGCAAUAAAAAUUAUUUUUUUGCA